AUGGAUACCCAGAGUCUCUUCAAUGUGGAGGGCAAGGUGGUGCUGGUCACCGGCGGAGCAAAAGGCAUUGGUCGCAUGAUCUCUGAAGGAUACGUCACCAACGGCGCAACAGUAUACAUCUCGUCUCGAGAUGCCAAGGCUUGCGAGCAGGCCGCGAAGGAGCUGAAUGCAAUUGGCAGGGGCAAGGCGUAUGCCAUUCCCGCCGACUUCUACAAGGAGGAAGAAUGCAAGAGACUAGCCGAGGAGAUCGCCAAGCGUGAAAGCAAGCUUCAUGUCCUCGUUAACAACUCCGGGUCAAACUGGGGUGCUCCUUACGAUGAAUAUCCCUCAUCGGCCUGGAGCAGAGUCCUCACUCUGAACCUCCACCGAGUCUUCGACCUCACCAAGCUCCUUACGCCUCUUCUCGAGAAGGCCGGUGCGCCGAAUGAUCCAGCUCGUAUCAUUAACAUCGGUAGCAUUGAUGGAUUGAGAGUACCGGCUCUGGAGACGUUCGCAUACAGUGCUAGCAAGGCUGGCUUGCACCAUCUGAGCCGUGUCCUCGCAAAUCACCUUGGCAAGAGGAAUAUCACAUCCAACACCCUGGCUUGCGGUCCCUUCCAGAGCAAGAUGAUGGCUGCCACCUUGGAGAAAUUCCGUGAUGCUAUCGAAGGUGCUAACCCACUAGGCCGUAUUGGCACGCCUCAGGAUGUCGCCGGUGCUUGCCUUUUCCUCAGCAGCCGGGCUGGUGCGUACAUCAAUGGGAUUGUUAUCCUCUAUCCAUACGGCAACCUAAGUGCAAUUGAUGCCUACCUCUUCGGAGUGAGCUCUUCGACAGAAUCGGGACUGAACCCGUAUGUUGACCUCAUCCCCGAAGCCCAUGGAGAUACCUUGCUAAUAAAAAAGGCGAUCAAAAAUAGCGUUGAUUUGAAGGAGCUGAAGACCUAUCAACAGCUAUUUCUGUACUUUGUUCCCAUUGUGUCCAACGCCGGGUUCAUCAAUAUUCUGGUGGUCGUUGUGCGACUGUACUGGUUCGAGAAGCGUCUGAAUAAAUUGGAAUCAUCACACCAGAAAGAUCCAGAAGCGCAACCAGCCAAGUUCAACGUUGGUGGCCCUUCAGAAGCCAAUACAGCGAAGUCGCACUCGAAAUCUCUAUUUGAUGAUCUGUCUAAGCUGGAUAAGAGCGUUUUCAGGGAACAUGAUUGCAUCAUCACGGAGAAUGACAACAACGGCGGCGACAACUCGACCAAACACAGACAAAUUUCCUUUGCAGACAACUCGAAAGCUUUAUAUAUACCCUCGCCGCGCGAACACGAUAGAGGUCUUGCUAUCACGGAGAUGGAUGACAACCACCAUUUCAAACCCUCCGAAGAUGACGAUCCUCAAACUGAUAUAGCUCGCCACCGAAGUUUGGUCAACAGCAUCCCGCUCGAGCGUGUUGCUUCCUCGAUGUUUGUGCUCGGGGCUUAUCCCUCUAGAUCUCAAGAGCGACAGUCUAGAAGAAGCAUCUCGCUUGCUAAAGACUCGGAGCUGCCAUACCUUUCCUCACAAGCCAGUCUCGGCAGAAACUCACGAUUUUACAACCUGACCUCGGAAGACAGAGAGAAACUGGGAGGAAUAGAGUAUCGCAGUCUCAGGCUACUUUUGAAGAUAACACUUGGCUAUUUUGUUGGCCUUCACGUCUUUGGUGUCAUUUGCCUUGUGCCUUGGAUUCAAAAUGCGGAUCCCAAAUACAGGGACUAUCUUAAGGAUUGCGGGCAAGGAAAAAUCUGGUGGGCCUUGUACACGGCCCAGACGAUGGUUGACAACCUAGGAUUCGCACUCACUCCUGACUCGAUGAUCUUGUUCCGAGAUGCGGCAUUCCCGAUGUUCAUAUUGAGCUUCCUCGCCUACGCAGGACAUACUAUGUACCCCUGCUUUCUACGCCUCAUCAUCUGGAUCAUGUUCAAAUGCGCCCCGAAGCACUCGCUCGUCAGGGAGCCGCUGAGCUUUUUAUUGAAUUAUCCACGCCGUUGCUACACGCUGCUCUUUCGUAGCCGACCUACAUGGGUGCUCUUCGGAAUCCUUUUUGUGUUGAACUUUGUGGACGUCUUGCUCAUUGUGGUUCUUGAUCUCCAUAAUCCAGCCAUCAACACCUUAUCUGGUGGGCAGCGUGUCCUUGCGGCCAUUUUUCAGGCUGCUUCAGCACGCCAUACCGGAACUGCGUCCUUCAACCUUGCAGAAGUGAACCCUGCAGUUCAAUUCAGCCUACUAGUCAUGAUGUACAUUUCGAUUUUUCCAAUUGCCAUCAGCAUCCGUGCUUCGAAUACAUACGAAGAAAGCGCACUUGGGUUAUAUCCUUCUGAUCACGCUGAACUGGAUGAGAGCAAUGGCAUGAACUACGUGCUAACGCAUAUGCGCAAUCAACUUAGCUUUGACCUGUGGUAUAUAUUUCUCGGGAUUUUCUGUAUCUGUGCCACCGAGGCACGCAGGAUCAUGGAUCCUUCCGAACCUGCCUUUAGUGUGUUUGCCAUAUUUUUUGAGGUUGUCUCUGCAUAG